AUGGCACCUCCAAAACCGCAGCACUGCACGUACCCUACCCAUUGCAUACCAUCACAGUCCACCGUGUCGGCGCCAGCUUUACCCUUGGACUAUAAAUCCAUGGCUAAAUGCUCUCCUAACACCACCACUUCAUCCACAGACAAAAGGCAUUCCAGCCUUGAACUAGCAGAACAAUUUCUCCAGUUUCCAGAAACACAAGAAACUACCAUGAUGAGUGCCAAGAACCUCGCUCAGCUGGCCAAGAAGUGGCAGAGGGUGGUGGCUAUGGGGAGGAAGAGGCUCACCUCAUCAACAUCAGGGGAGGAAACCGGAGGGCCGUGUGGCACGUCGUGCUCGCCUGUGGCUGGCAAGGGCCACUUCGUCGUGUACACUACCGACGGUGCAAGGUUCGAGGUGCCACUUGCGUUCCUUGGCACGACCGUCUUCGACGAGCUCCUGAGGAUGUCCCAAGAGGAGUUCGGCUUCACAGGCGUUGAUGGUGGCAGAAUCACGCUGCCCUGUGACGCAUCAAUGAUGGAGUACGCCAUGUGCUUGCUCAGGAGAAAUGCGUCCUCAGAGAUGGAGGCUGCAUUCCUCAACACCAUGGCGAUGCCAUGCCACUAUCAUGCGGAGCCACAUCUCGGAGUUAGCCAGCAUUAUGGUGUCUGCAGCUCCUGA